AAGGUUAUAUGGCCUGUUUCUUUGCAUUAUCGACAAUUUCUUUUAACGCAGUUUUAUUUGCAUAAUUGGCCACAUCUAUGUGCACUUUUUGCACAUCCUUAGUCAUAAUGCUGGCAGUUCAAAUAGUAUUGCCACUUGAACAAUGGCUUGUAGUGCCGGAGAAACAAAAAGCCUGUGUCUCUCGAUUGUAAAUGCAAAAAGGUGUUCGAAAGAGUUUAUCUCUUGAAAAUUUUCGUUGCUACAUCAUUAGAUACGAAUAAGAAGUCAAGUUUACUAGUUCAACCUUAUUUCUCAGCUCACCUCACCAGAAUCAUCGGCCUUUUUUUUGCGCGACAAACACUUGUUCCCAAACUUUGGACUUGUUAACUUACAUUUCGCGUUUCCGUUUCUUGGCAACUGGGUCGUUUUUUCACUUCCCCCUGCAUUUGAAAUUACAUUUCCAUAGUUGUGAUGAAUACUUCAAACUUCAAGGGUAAAGUGAUCCUGAUCACGGGCGCCAGUUCCGGCAUUGGCGCCGGAACGGCUAAGCAUUUCGCGGCUUUGGGCGCCAAAUUGGUUCUGAUCGCGAGAAACGAGGCCAAGUUGCAAGAAACUGCCAGCGAAUGCCGAACUGCCGGGGCUGAGAACGUGCUUGUCUCACCCCACGAUCUGGGCAUCGCCGAGGAGUGCGUCAAAGCCGUGGAGAAUACGGUGUCCCAUUUUGGAGGUUUGGAUGUCCUGGUGAACUCUGCAGGGAUGUUGGUGAAAGGCGAUACGGCCUCUGGAUCCAUUGAGGAUUUUGACAAGUGCAUGAACCUCAACGCCAGAUCAGCCUUCAUUCUGAGUCAAGCCGCCAUUCCGCACCUCAUGAAGACCAAGGGCAAUAUUGUUCACAUUUCCAGUGUUUGUGGUUUGCGGCCUUUUCCCGGUGUGCUAGCUUAUUGUAUGAGUAAAGCUGCCCUGGAUCAACUGGUGCGCUCGAGUGCUCUGGAAUUGGCCCCGCAAGGGGUCCGAGUGAACGCGGUCAAUCCCGGUGUGAUCCUCACCGAGAUCCACAAACAGGUGGGCAUGAACGAUGUUGAAUUGGCGAUUUUCGUGGAGCGAAUCCAGAAGUCCCAUGCUUUGGGUCGUGUAGGAACGGUGGAUGAGGUGGCCAAAGCCGUGGCCUAUUUGGCCUCCGAGGAUGCCUCCUUCGUCACGGGCGUCACGUUUUCUAUUGACGGAGGUCGCAACAUUAUGUCCGUCUAAGGGUCGAUCGAUAAUCAAUGGUCGAAGCAAAAUGAAUCAUGCUUGCCCAAACUCAUGACCAAAGUUAUUUU